AUGAACAAUAACUCUUCCUGUCCUCCUGGGGUUUGUUGCCUGGAGUUUGACCUCUUCAGAAAAGAAAGAGGGUUCAUCUUAGAUGGUGUAGCCGUCGCCUCCAACGCUUUGGGGUACGGCAGCGUCAAUCCCAAAAUGUGUGAUGUUAUUCCGCCGUACAACGCCCAGGCUGACCCUUACACUAAGUACAAUUUCUACAGCAAUCAAAUGAGAAAGCUUCUCAAACGGACCAACCAGGAUCACGGUGGGACAUCAAGCAGUGGCUGGCUUGUGGAUUAUUUUCACAAAUAUGGACCAGCUCAAAGGUACCUUCGCAAAAGAAAUAUGUAUGGAGCAGGUCAUUCAUAUGAUCAAAUAGUUGGUCACCGAGGAUUUUUGGCAGAUCUUAAACCUAUAGAUGGAUACAAUGGAAGGUUUGGAUUCAGAAGAAACACACCUGGCCUGAGACUAAAGCCUUCCAAUUUUGGGGAGGUUACUGAUCUCCCAUUGCAUUAGCAUAUGUGUAAAUUACAAGAGACAAAAGAGCAAGGAUUGCAACAUUUUAAGUCAUGAACUUUAACAUCAGCUGCAGUGCAUUUUUUUUACAAGGACAAUAGAUGAUAUUUGACAUUUUGGAGGAAUGAAACAUCAAUCCAUCAAUCGCUAUGGAUUUAAUUUAGUUGGUAUUUCAAGCAAGUGACUUCUUUUAAGCAAACAAAUUGAAUGCGAUCCUUCGGUGACUAUCAAGCAAAGUCUGUCAUUGGAAACAAAAUAUUGUAUGUGAUCAAAAAAACAGAACUCCUUAGAUCCUAAAAUAAAGCGUGUGUGUAAGGGCAGGAUUUUGCAACUAUGUAUUUUAUUUGAGCCAUGUAUUUCUGUGUUUGAUACCUCUCUUUUGUCAAGGGAAGCUCUUGCUUUGAACGGUUGUGGUUAUCUUCAGGUCAUGUUAACAACUCUGACAUAAACAGAAAAAUAACUGCUUGGAUAAAAACUGACCAGCCAGGCCAAUGAUCUUACUCUGUUCUGUAAAUCCUAUAUAAGGCAGGGUCAAUGUUGUCAAUAAAAUAAAAUGUUGGAGUUCUGAAACAAACAAAAACAGCAA